ACAAACAGUAUGGCGGCUCCCAUGAGCGGUGUGGGAAAACCACCAGUAACGAGUUUCCAGAAGAAAACAAGGAGUAAAUUAAUUUCUAUUCCUGGUACCAGACCGUCGGUUCAAAAUGGACAACUGUUAGUUUCGACCGGCGUGACCUCACUCGACUAUCUGCUCGGAGGUGGGCUGGCGGUUGGAACAGUACUUCUCAUAGAGGAGGACCGAUAUGAUAGCUUCUCUCGUAUGAUCUUAAAGUACUUCCUGGCAGAGGGCGUCGUAUGUCGACAUGAACUUUUUGUGGCGGCUGCUCAGGAUAACCCAGAUGACAUUUUACAGGAACUCCCAGCUCCUAUCUUGGAUGAUGUUGCUGUCCACAAGCCUGCGGAGCAGCCCAGACUGUCUACUGAACCUCAGGACAGUCUGGAUUCUAUGAAGAUUGCUUGGCGCUAUCAGAAUCUGCCAAAAGUACAGACUGCCCUGGCAUCAUCAUGCCGGUUCGGGCACUACUAUGACGUCUCCAAGACGAUGGAGCCAGAAAUUCGGCAGGCAGCCAAGUGCCACCGCUUCUACCUUCCAGAGCAUCCCACCCAGUCAUCACCCACACACAGCCCUCUAUCCUUUGCUAUUUUCAGUACCAUGCUUGAGUCCUACUCCGCCCUCUUGAAGUCACUUCAAGAGGUCAUACACAGGGAGGGAUUUGAUCUAGCAACCCCCAUGUCAAAUUCACGCAACAUCCUGCGAAUUGGGCUUCACUCUCUUGGCUCAGCUCUGUGGGGUGAUGACUUGUGUUGCCAUGACAACCCCAAACAUGGCCGCUCCCUCAGUACCUUUCUCUACGGACUUCGAGCUUUGUUGAGGUCAUCUCUUUCUGUCGCAGUUGUUACCGUGCCUUCACAUCUAAUCCAGGACAGAGCUCUAAUGGGCAGCAUAACCAGGCUAUGUGACAAUGCCAUCGCCCUGGAAUCAUUCAAAGGCUCAGAGAGAGAGACCAACCCACUCUACAAAGAUUACCAUGGCCUGCUACAUGUACGGCAAAUACCUCACCUGAACUGCCUAGCGAGCAAACUCCCCGACCAUAAGGACCUGGCAUUUAAGCUGAAGAGAAAGCAGUUCACUAUUGAGAGACUACAUUUGCCUCCAGACUUGUCUGAGACGGUGAGUCGUGUGAGCAGGGGGGAGCUGGCAGGAGCGACCGCCGUGGCUUCAGCCUGUGGCUCAGGCUCUUCCGGCAACAAACACCUGGACUUCUAGAACUCCCACACAGUCGCCACGGGCAAAUAACACCUGGGAUGCCACAGCGUUGUCCUCUUAACCACGGUGACCAGGUUGUUCCCUCGCCCACAUAUUGUCAACAGUGAUAACCCUGCCAGCCUUUACCACCUGCCAACUGUGCCAGCCAGGGAUGAAGACCUAAACAUUCACAGUAAAUCUUCUCAUAGCGGACACUUUUCUUCCCAUAAGUCCCUUUUUUUUAAUAGCGGAAAUAUAGCACUCUAUGGUUUCUUUCAAAGUCCGGCAGCUGUGGUUUGCACAUAAGCUGCCAUGAAAGGUUCAUUUAACUUGUGUUUUUACUAAAUUACUUUAGAGCACAUUUUACUCCUCCAUUUUAAUUACAAAACUAGAUCUGCAAUCAGUGCACUAUAUUUUUAUUGCAAUAACAACAACAAACAUGCUUAAAGGGAUAUUUGAGUAUUUUUGAAGUUGAGUCGUAUGAGGUAUGUAGCAGUAGUAGUGGCAUUAGCCUCCGGUGAUUUCAGUGAGCAUUGCUUCCUUAAGUAGGACUUGUGGAUUGUACUUGCCAGGAAGCUGGGCUAUACAGUGUAACAGAUGGGUACAGUCUCUCCCUGGAAUUUGUGAGUUUUUGGUUAAAAAAAAAAAAAAAAAAACAGAAUGGGCCACAAAACAAUGUUGGCUCAAACGUACACACUUCAAAAAUGUCUGAAGCACAUAACCAGUAGCCAAAUCCUGCAUUCUACCCUGGCUUUCUGGGUAAAAAAAAUAAAAUGCUUCAAAAGUUUUCAGGAGUGCAUACAUUUGAGCCAACAUUGUUUUGUUUUGUGUACCCAUCUGUUCCGCUGUAUAGCCUAGCUUCCUGACCAGCAAAACCAUCAAGUCCUUCUUAAAGGAGCUAUGCUCGCUGAAAUCACUGAAGGUGAAUGCCAUUUCCACUGCUACAUACCUAAUACACCUUAACUUAAAAAACACUGGAAUAUCCCUUUAAGUCAGUGCAGGGUCUCCCUGCAGCCACAGUCAGGUAAAAUAAGUCCACCACUUGUGCUUAAUGCCUCAUUUCUGUUUAAAAACUCAGACAGCUCAGUGAACAAGUCACAAAUCACCUGAACCAUGCGUUAUCAAACAUUUAUUGCUUUACUGUUCACAUAUUUCAUUUUCAGUACAUAACAAGUUCCUUUUUACUUGGUUAACAUCUUCAAUCUGCCUGUAAAAGCAGCGUUGGGAGUCAGUUACCCUUAAAUUAAGAAAGUAGAAAAUCCAAAAGGACACUUGAAUAGUUUUAAAUGCAAAAUAGUGGAAUUUUAGAAUGCAAUAAAGUGGAUGUGAUUAAUCACAACUGACAACAAAAAUCCUGUGAUUAAUCACAAUUAAAAAUGUUAAUCCUAUGACAAUUUAUACAUUUUGCAAAGCGACUAUUUCACUCAAAUUAGGAUCGGAGAAAAAGAACUGACUAAAGAUUUUGCUCUUUUUUGUUUUUUCUGCCUCUAAAGAAUCUGAAUACGAGUAAAGUGCUAUUCUGAAAUAUUUUCAGUCAUUAUGAAGUCUCAGGCUUGGCAAACAUUAAAUAAUUUAACUGCAUGCUUCCAUGCUCUACUUUCCAAAACAAGUGGCCACUUCUGUCUGGGUCCAUCAUGUACAACAGUUGUAUUCAAUAAAACAUGCUUCUUUAUGGUUAAAUAAAAGAUAAUAAAUACAAA